UUUAUUUAUCUGCGUUUUUCUGCUGAUUUACAUAUCCCUUGGACCCGAACCAAUAUGAAAUUGCUGCUCGACUCCUCCUCAUCGCUCCUCUUUUCGCUGCUCUUGGCUCAGCUGCCUGUGCUCACAUCUGCUUCUCCAGUACCACAGCGGCGGCCCAGUGACUUGGAUAAACUGUCCAAUCAGACCAAAAAUCUGAUGAAGCUCACCCAGGAGCUGCUGAGGGAGCAUGCAUUUGACUCAGAUGUGGAGCCCCACAGGUUCAGGUCUCUGCCAGAAAUGAGCAACAGAUCAGCCAAUGAUCUCAACAAUCUUGAACUGAAGCCCACACUCUCUCAGCUGCAUGCUGACCUGAAGCUGUAUGAGCACCACUUUGAGUGGCUGAACAAGGUUUCAAAAAAGCACCACCACCCGGCAGUGCCUAAACUGGUGGAGGUGAUCAGAGAAAUGAAAUCUCUCAUCAACCUGCUGCACCGUCAGAUGCUAAAGGUUGAGGCACCAAGGCUGACUCCGGCAACCCCCUCCCUCCCUCCUCACCUUCCCUAUCAGUUUGAUGUCCUGCAGUCCAGCCAUGAGCUUCUUCAACACUUCAAGCUCUUCUGUGAUUGGGCAUACAGAGCAUUCAUCAGCCUUAAGCCCAAAGUUACUGCAGUACAAUGAUGAUGCAUAAACUCUAUGGCUGAAGAACCAAGUGGAUAUGUGGAGUCCCACCAUAGCCAUGUCAGUCUGCUCUGUAGUCAAUAGCAUCUCUUCAGAGGUCCAAACAUCAGCUAAUGAUGUGUGCUGGAGAAUGUGUUUUUCCAUCAGAGCCACUGAGAAUGCUUUACACUGCAGCCAGUUACAACUAUCAAGAUUCCCGUUAAAGCAAACUGCCAUUUUAACUACAAUGAUCAUGUCAGAUUUCCCCAGUCUCUCCUA